AUGGCCUGUCACAGCCUCACCAAAGGCCAGCAAGCCCUCGCUGAGCUCCAGGCGCGCACACCUGCCGGGACACUAAGCCUCGUCGAGCUAGACAUCACCAACGACACGAGCAUCAUGUCUGCCGUCGAGUCCAUUACUAGGAACCACGGCGUCCUCGAAAUCCUGAACAACAACGCCGGAAUUGCCCUAACUACAUCCCAGGGUUACCGCGCCUCAAUCCUCGAAACAAUCAACACAAACGCCGUCAGUGCACUCGUUCUAACAGAGGCCCUCCUCCCACUACUGAAGAGGUCCGCCCACCCACGGAUCAUCAACGUCACCUCGGGCCUGGGCUCCAUCGCGGACGGCUCGGAUCCGGCCUCUGAUGCGUACAAUCUCCCCUUUGAGGCGUACCGCAUGUCCAAAGCAGCGCUGAAUAUGGCGACGGCCUGUAUGCAUGCGAACUAUCGCAGCUUUGGGGCAAGGCGUUGGAUUGUCCUAACUUGGGUGUGCAAAGCGCCUCUCAGCGCGGAAAGGUAA